AUGGUCAAGUUCGUUGAUGACAAGAGCGGUCAGGCGUCCUGCCUUGGGGUGACUCUUUCGUCUGCAAGCAGUGGAUCCUCGGUAUACAUGACUGCAUGCGAUGCCAGCGACCCGAAAACGCAGUUUGCAGUUUUUCGAAACGCAUAUCAGGACAGGCCUGUCUACAUGUUCGUCCCAUACCUCGCGGCGUGGGGAGAUUACCCAAAACAAACGGAAGACUGCAACUAUCUAGGGCGAAAAUGUUUGCAGUCGAGUACACUGGAAGACGGAAGCGACUUCACAAUAGCCGAUUGUGAUGAGGAGGACGAACGGCAAUUCUUCAAAGUGCCUGCAGAAUCAGCAGAAUCAUGCGAUGUAAAUAAUCAGCAGAACUCCCGACGCCAUCAUCACCGAAGAUCUCUGGUCGGCAACGGGUGCACACCAUCACCACCUUCGCCGCUGCCUCCCCCCUCUCCAUCACCGGCCAUCCGUCCGCCACCACGGCCUCCAUCCCCUGCUUCACGACCACCUAAACCACCAAGCCAGACUCCGCCAGUGACCUGGCCACAGGAGAAGUACUUGAACGAAGGGGAGUACAUAACGUCACCGUCGGGCUCCUUCACGCUCGGGUUUUCUAGUGGCUGCAACCUUGGACUUUUCCGAGGCCUCCCCCGACCCAACCCCCCGUUCUUGUGGUCCAUAAGUUCUCUAAUACCCUGGCCACCUAGCAUUCCUGGACCGUGCAAAAUGUCGCUGCAGGCACGCACGACUAGCAUCACCACCGGAACAACCGGCGGCGUCAACAUUGCUGCCACCACCUUCACCUUCACCUUCACCUUCACCGGGUAUGCGUCCUAA